UCAAAUGUAAUGCAACAAGUAGUGAAGGUUUCGCCACUGCGAGUCAUGAAUUGAAAGCGACAAACUGCUAUAAAGUAAAAAUUCAAUUCAAUAUACCUUUACUUUAUACAGUAUAAUGUUUCUCUCCGGUAAAUAGACCAUAUUAAACUUUAUGACUGAGGCCACCAGCACAUUUUUUUUUUUUUAUAAGUGUUACUUUAACUUCCGAACAGAUAUUUCAACGCGUAUUGUGUUACACGUUUCAGCAUGCAUACAUAGAUCCAUUUUAAUAAGCAAUACAUUCGAACCUUUUAUACGGGUUAGAAUCAUUUGCAUUCAUACUUGACCCCUUGUCUCUGCAUUACAAGUAAUCAAGCUCACCCUAAGAACUGUAAUGCUCAAACGGCAAUGCUUUAGGAGUAAACUGUAAACACAUAUUUUUAAUGUGGAAAACUGUUAAUGGAUUUAAAGGCGUUGGUCAUGGAAUCAGACACCAGCAAAUUCACUGUGAUCCCUGCUCAUAAAUACCGUCGCAGCAGCCGAUCCCAGCAUCAGCCCAGCUCCAGCAUGGCUGCCACGGUGGAUCAGUCACAUUCUGCACGGGGGCAUUUCGAAAGAAUACCCAUAGAAGUGUUUCACAUGAUACUGGAGUACUUACCAGUGAAGGAAAUCAGUGCUUUAAGCAUGGUGUCGAAAGCCAUAAGCAGCUGCAUUGCCGGGAGCAUUUCCACACUGGCAUGGAGAAACAGAAUGAUGUUACAGGAAUUCCACAAGUCUGGGCAGCACAAUAAGGAUUCCAGUAUUCUGGAACACUACAGGGCACUGGGUUUGUUGUUCAAGAGAUGUACCUUCUUACUGCCAACAAAGGAAAGAUUAAAGGUUAUUUAUAGCAAGCUUUCUCAGAUUCCCUGUUUUACAAUGGGACGGUGUACUGCAAUGCCAAGAUGUUUGGGGUUUGCAAGUUAUGGGGUGUUUUUACAGACAUUGAUAGCUGGCUGGGAUGAACUUGAGUGCCAUCGCGUCUUCAACUUUCUUUGUGAUUUCACAAAUCUGUCUCGCAAGAUUCACACUGUCGUUACGAGCAAGUCAGGUGUAUCCCCAAGGAUGGAAAUACAGAUCCGUCUGUUCUGCCGAAAUGUCUUACUUGAUCACUGGCAGAGCAGCAGGGACACACUCUUCUGGUUGACCAGGAUCCUGAAACCCUGGCCGAUGGUGAACCAGGCUCGGCUGAUCUACAUUAUCUAUGGGCCGCUCACUUUAGAUGGCAGGAUUGGGUGGCAGAUGCUGACUGAAGGAGCGGCUGAGGAGAACAAUGUGAAGGACAUGGCAGAUGCAAUCAGACUGCUGCAUGGUGACCAGGAGACAAAGGAGUGGACAACUGACAGUGUCAUCAGUCUCAUAGAUGAAUUAUCAGCUGUCCCUAGUGAGUGGCACCUGGAGAACAGCACGCGGCUGCUGAUUCUCUGUGGAAACAGAAUCUGCUACACCUCCAUGGCCAGUAAAGCAGUGAACGGGCGGGUUAACGAGCUCGCCAGGAUGGUUGUUUUCCUGGCCCUGGUGUGUGAAAAGGAUAGCUAUUGCAUGGACUGGGCAGUGAAAAUGAUGCAGAAAAUCUGCAAGGUGUUCAGCAACGCAGAAGAGAAGUGGAAUUUCCUUCAGACAGUGGAGAAUGUUUUUUGUCAGGUUACCCUGGAGUUGUAUGAAUCUGUGAUGGCAGGUGAUCGAAACGAAGACACUGACACCUUUCAAAACCUGUGUAAUGUUUUGAAUGCAAAUGCUCAUUUUCAUACAGAAAUCUUGUACACGUUUAUCAAAAAGGAAUGAAAGAGUCUAUGGUACAUGUGGUAACAAUAUUUAACUAUAGUUGUAAAUAACAGGAAAUACUAUGUGUUUGAAAAGAAGAGUAGCUGUAAUGCAUUAAGCUGUUGUUUGUUGCAAAAGCCCCGUAUUUUGCAAUGUCUUAUGUGUUAAUUGUACUAUUUGAAUAUUAUUAAUGUAUGUAUAUUAAAAAAGAAUAAUAACAACUUUCAUGAUCACUAAUGCGUGUUGGAUAAUAUAAUAACACAUUUUAAUGCAUAAGAACUUGAAAGUGUACUAGUAUUAGAGCAUGACUGAAUAUAUGGUGCUUGGGAAACAUUUAAUGAUUACAUGGUUAAGAUUACAGUAUUUAAUGUAAUGUUGCUGAGCCUGAAAUUGAGACAAAUUUAAUAUAAUUUUUUAUUUAUUUUUAUUACUUUUCUUUAUUUUUAUUACUUUCUCUGGUGCAAAAGAUCAGUAAACUUCUGUCCUGUUCUGUCUGUAUCCUAAAUUAGUGAAAUGUUGUUUUUAUUUGCCUUAACAAAAAUCUUCAGGAUUUUGAUCAUAUUUGCUGGAAUACUGUCUGGAUGUUUUAUUGUAUGUAUGCAUCUGUAUAUAUUUGUUUAUUUAUUUAUUUAUUUAUUGAUUGAUUGGGUGCAAAUCUGUUUUGGGAAAUAAUUCCAAAUACAAAAAUAAACUCAAAAGCACUUUGAAAGAAUAUGCUGUACUAUAGGUAUAUAUUUAAAAAAACAAAACUUUUAACUUCAGUUCUAAAUGAGUUCAUGUCUUGUUCAACUUGCUGUUUGUGCACAAAAUGUAAAAAAUAUGAGCACCAUGAAUACAGUGUAUGUUAUGUUAUGUGGUUUCAAAUUAAAAAACAACAAAAACCAGGAGGUACAGUACAACAAAUAAGUGCCCGUGUAGGUAUUUUAGGGCAGUCUUAAAUUGUCUGCAUAUUCAACAUAUAUGCAGUAUAAGUCAGGAUAUGCAACAAGUUUUGAGUGUUCUGUCACCCAGUAAGCAAAUUACGUAGCGUUGCUAAUUAGAUGCAGAGAUGGAUCUAUGGGAAGUAAUUAUUUGAAUUGGGACUCAUGUUCUGGAUCAGCCAGAGGUGUGUCAGCAGCUCUCUUUUAUCACAAGAUACUCGGCAGAGACCCGCCCACUGGUUGGUCAGGGAUCCACAGCCCUCCAAUCCACUUCCAUAGUUUCAAAUAGCUGCAUAAUAUCAAAUGGAACUAUAUAACAACAAAAAAUGAAAAAAUAAAAGAUCUCCAAAACAAAAAAUAGAAUGCAGACUAGUCAAUGCAAUUUUAAUAAAAGGUCUUUUUCUUUUUUUUUUUUUUUUAAAAAGCUUAUGUUUGUAUACAUUGUUAUAUAACAUGUUUUACUUCACAUUACCCAUCCUUACUUGUUUGAUUUGCUUGUACAUGUUAAGUUAUACCACUAAAUUUUUUAAAAGUUCAUAGCUGUAUAAAGCAUGUAAAACACAGCAUUAGAGUGCCAUCUAAUGGGCAAAGUAUUCACUGUUUUUUCAGACAAAAGCACCUGGCACCCUACACCUGAUGUAAGAUAAUUAAUCUUGAAAUCAGGACUUAAGGGAUGUGUUGCAAUAAGAAUACCUUUGUUAAGAAAGGGAAACAAGACUAAGAACAAGACAAGGCUAAAACAUGCACAAGAACAAAGACAUUGUACUAUGGAACAAUGGUCAAAGGUGCUUUAGACUGUUGAUGAAUAGAUAAACACACCUGUUAUCAAACACAGUUCUGUUGUCAAUUCAAUGCUUGUUCUAUUCCUUAAGGAUAUUAUCUUCAAGUAUUGCUCAUCC